UAUCAUGCAUCAUGUGAACACACGGAACUCUGAAACAAUUCGUGCUGAACAUGAUGUGGUCUAACUUUUACCUCUAUUCAGCGAGUAUAAAUGUUUGACUUCCAAAGGGUAUCCCCAUUCUCUGGCUAACAUUUAGCAAACAGCAAUUAGCGUAAACUUUCCAAAUAUUUUCAAUACAGACAUUUGGAUGAUUAUGAACGGACGAUAUCUUCUUCUAUUCGGUGCCCUUGUGCUUGGGGUGACAAUUGCAGAUGAUGCUGAUACAACACCUCUACCGGGUGAUACUGAAGCUGACAAAGUUGUCAAGACUCUGAUAUCACCAGGUGGGGAGAUCUAUGAGCUCUUGAUGGAGGUGAUCAAUGCCACGUACGAGUAUAUUCUGAUUCAGAAAGAUAUAUGGGAAGAUUUUGAAAAUGAUAAAGAUAUCUUUGAUAGAAACAUGGGUAAAAUUAGGACAAUGAUUAUAAACAGUAACAGUUCGGUUAAAUCAAUACUUAUUGAUGUUUAUCACGCUGCAUGGAAUAACGUUCGUGAUAAGGGAUGGAAUCUUGAGGGCGAGGCUGGUCAAAUUGCAUCCGACUUGAAAAGUGUAUACGAACUAUUUCUAGAGCACGAUAUUCCAAUAAGUUUCAAACAGUAUGAUGAAAAGUUUUUUAGAUCUUUGCUCGAUCUACGUAUUGAAAUAAGGGACGAUUUUUGUGGUUGUGUAAGCACUGGCUCGUAUAAGAAACUGUAUGAAGAAAUGAUAUCACUACAGAAGAGAGCCAUUGGCUGGAGUGUCAUAAUACAAGAAGCAAGAAGGAAGUAUUUCACAGGAGAACCUGGGAGAUAUUUACGUAUUGCUGGUUUUACGGCUGUUCUUGCUGCCCGCCACGCAAAAGAAUUUAACUACAGAUUAGUUCAUUCAAAAUUACCAAAUCUCAUAACGAUGAUCACAAACGUGAAAAAAGUCAUCAAACAAAUGCUCCAGUUAUGGAAAAAGUAUAAGAUUGAAGUAGAUACAGAUAAAGAUUUGAGUCGAUAUUACAUCAAACGACCUAAAGAUGGAGUAUCAAGAAGUCCAUAUAAUAUUGACAAACUCCAAGAGGAAACCAAAGAUGUAGCCUCAUCACGCGAUUGGCUUUUUUGGGAGAGGUUGUUCUAUCGGGGAUAUUGGUAUGACAUGUUGACACCUCCUACAAUCGAAUAACAUUGUAUUUUAGAGAUCAUUAUUGUGUUUAGAAUAAAUAUAAAAAUACAGAUAUGAAA